AUGAUACUUUCAAGAUGUCGUAUAGAACAUCGUUCUUUUUGCAAGUUUAUGAAUAAAAGAAGGUUUUCAAGUUCUCUGAUUGGACAAAAGCAAUUUUUGUUGUUGGCAACAGAUUAUACCGAUGCGGAAGCAUAUUCACGUAGAUUAUCAGCUAGAAACGAUCAUUUAGCAAGAGCAAAAUUAGCAAAAGAACAAGGAACUAUUGUACUUGGAGGAGCGAUUUUAGCAAAUGUUGAAAACAGUAAUACAGAGGGAAAGAUGAUAGGAAGUUUAAUUAUAUUUGAGGCAGAAAAUGAAGAACAAAUUAGACAAGAAAUUGAGAAAGAUCCUUACGUUAUCAAUAAAGUAUGGGAGAAAUAUGAGAUUUAUCCAUUUAAAAUGUAA